AUGGAUGAGUGUGGAGGGCAUGGCCAGGGGCAUGAAGAAGGUGAGUCGGUGGCGUGUAGACUAGUGCAUGCAUCCUACCGCCCCGCGGCCGCCCCGCCGCGCGACGUCGCACGCACGCGGUUCCUCUUAGAUAACUCCUUACUUUUUGGGCUUUGGCGAGUGUUAGGAAACUACACGCUACCGCUCCCUACUUCAGGCGCCCCGCUUUCUAGCACUCCGCUUUCACCGUUACAUUGUUCUGUACCCAAUGUUACACCUCCCAACCGACCACUGCUACCGUUAUUGGCGAUGGAAUUAGAUAAAGACAGCGAGCCGAGAUAA